CUCGAAUAUUUGAAUAUAAAUUUUUUUUUUUCCAUUUUCGAAAAUUCUUAGAGAAGAAGCUGGAGAAUUUGAAGUCUCGAGAGCGUGGCGGUAACCGAGGCUUCUUCUUUCACGAGAAACUUGUAAUAUCGGACUCGUUGUUUAGUUUUGAUUGAAGACAAGGAACGAUGAAGGCAAUGUGUGGUUUGGUUCUGCAAAGCAUGGAUAAGCCAAUGGUUCUUGGGUUUAAUCAAAAAUGGAAGAAAGAAUACAGUCUACCGGUGGCGAAUUUUAAUUCGAAAAGCCGCAAAAAGUGCAAUUUGGAACUUUCAAACUGUGUGAAGAAGUCAAAUGCUUGUCCAAUGGAAACUGGAAACUUUUAUGCUUCUUUGGAUAGAAAUUGGUUUUUAAAGGCAAAGGGAAAAGAGGUUGCUUCAUCGUUAAAUGAACAGUGUAUAUUUCUUGUUGGAAUGAUGGGUUCAGGUAAAUCAACAGUCGGCAAGGUUUUGUCAGAAGCACUUGGGUAUUCUUUUGUUGACAGCGACAAGUAUGUGGAGCAAGUUGCGGGUGCAGCUUCUGUGACUGAGAUAUUUAACAAAUGGGGGGAGACUUACUUUAGAGAUUAUGAGAGUGAGGCAUUGCGGGCAUUGUCCUUGAUGCCCCGGCAAGUUGUUGCUACCGGUGGUGGUGCUGUGAUUCGUCCUAUUAACUGGAUAUACAUGAACCAGGGAAUCACUGUCUAUCUAGAUGUACCACUGGAUGCAUUGGCAAGGAGAAUUGCUGCUGUCGGAACUGAUUCUCGCCCUCUUUUGCAUUUUGAUUCAGGAGAUCCUUAUACAAAGGCAUUUAUGCGUCUGUUCACUCUUUUGAAAAAGAGAUCCGAGUCGUAUUCCAAUGCUGAUGUUACUGUAUCGCUUCUAGCCCUGGCAGAGAGCCUGGGCCUUGAAGACUUGUCGGAUCUCACGCCUGCAGCCAUAGCAGUCGAGGUCCUUGUACAAAUUGAGAAGUAUAUAUCAAACAAAAACAGCAGGUCCAACUGAGACUCAUUUGUUUUAGUUUCUCAAUAAGUCAUCGUGUUUAUUUGUUUAAGAUGGCGAUUACUUACAGGAGAAUGCAAAUAAUGACAGUCAUCAAUGAAUUAUGACUGCCAGCCAUAUUCCAAAA